CUGUUUAUUUAUAAGCCAAGAGAUAGAGAGAUAAGGGGACCAGAGGAGAGACAGAGCUUUGUAAUCCUCAAGACAAAGAAGAACACGAACAUUAUGUUGCCCGCAAGAAAAACCAAGAAAGAUUUCUACUCCGCCGGUGCCGGAGACUGCGUCUUUAUGCCGGGAAGGAAACGACGGCGAUGUGUUUCUUCUUCUCCCAUUUCUUCGGCGCCGAAAUCUAAAGCAGGAUCCGAUUUGCUAGACUCAAUCCCAGAAGAUCUUGUUGUUUCUAUCCUUCGUAGACUUGCUUCCACAUCUCGAAGCCCCGCUGAUUUCAUCAACGUUUUGAUGACAUGUAAGAGAUUAAACAGUUUAGCUGCCCGUCCUCUUGUUCUGUCGAAAUUGUCUCGAAAAGCGUUCGCCGUAAAAGCUCAAAAUUGGUCGGAAGCAGCUCACCGGUUUCUUAAACGCUGCGUCGACGCCGGAAAUCUCGAAGCUUGCUACACUCUCGGAAUGAUUCGGUUUUACUGUCUGCAAAACAGAAGAAACGGCGCGUCGCUGAUGGCAAAAGCAGCGAUCGGAUCACACGCGCCGUCGUUAUACUCUUUAGCCGUGAUCCAGUUCAACGGGAGCGGCGGUUCCAAGAACGACAAGGAUCUUCGAGCCGGAGUAGCUCUAUGCGCGCGUGCGGCUUUCUUAGGACACGUUGACGCGCUACGUGAGCUUGGUCACUGUUUCCAAGAUGGUUACGGUGUUCCACAAAAUGUCUCAGAAGGCCGGAGAUUCCUCGUUCAAGCCAACGCUCGUGAACUCGCCGCCGUUUUAUCUUCCGGAAUCAAAGCUCAUCGAUCGUGGCUCACUUUAUCACAGCCUCAAAUCUCUAAUCCUAACCAAAGCCAUGGUUGUCCGUUGCUGAGUGAUUUUGGAUGCAAUGUGCCGGCGCCAGAAACACAUCCGGCGAAUAAGUUUUUAGCGGAUUGGUUCGCCGUUAGAGGCGGAGGUUCCCUCGGAGAUGGGUUGAGGUUGUGCUCUCACGGCGGAUGUGGACGGCCGGAGACGAGGAAACAUGAGUUCCGGAGGUGUUCUGUUUGUGGCGUUGUGAAUUACUGCUCACGCGCUUGUCAAGCGCUUGAUUGGAAACUCCGGCAUAAAGUGGAUUGUGCUCCGAUGGAACAAGAUGCAGCCUAUGACGGAGAAGGCAACGGUCAGAUUGACGGUGAUAACGUAUUGGUGGUGCCUAUGAGUUAACGGCUGCUUUAAUUAGACGCGAGACAAGGUUAACGAAGCUCUUGUUAGUUUCGUUUUUUAGUUUAGUUAGUGGAAAGAUUAUGAUAGAAUAUUACCAGUGGUUAGAUAAGGUUUUUGUAUUUUAAUCUUUUGUAAAUAUGAGUAACAGUGAAUGGCUACAAUGUUUUUUUCUAUAUGUUUCUUGUUAGAUUUUAACCCUUUUUUUUUACUCAUAAACAACAUUCAUUUCACCAAAAUCUUGAUACAAAUACUUGACCACAAGCGUUUAUACCACUAAUACAAUGAGGCAAUCUAGUAUCAAAUUUAGUCACUAAUUUGGACUUAAUCCUAGCAAAUUGAAACCCCCAUUGUAUAUUAGACCACUGUGAGAAUGAAAUCAUCCCAAGACUCGAAGUGAUCCAUCUCUUGAAACUCCUACAACAUCUACUAAAGAGUACUAUCUACUAAAACGAAGAGUACAUGAUUAAACCCGAUAAUACAAUUCUUAAACAAGCAAGUGGUACCAAAAGAUAGUCAUGAUGCUUGUGACCAAAUGCAUCUUCACCAAAGGCGCAUUCCCGAGAUAACCGCACACCCCCAUUGUUUAAUGUUCGGUCCUCAGCCAUAAACCGGACACAGAGAUCUGGACUGAAAAGCGGGACUCAGCGACAGCUUGUGAGAGUUUUAACAGUUUAUCUCCAGAAAUGCAGAGCUCGUACCGCAGAAGAACACGAACCGACCUCCUCCGACGCUGGGAUGUAGCAGCUCCGCCACGUACCGUCUAUAGGCGAGCACCUCCGGUUGACAACUCCCUCGGCGCUGACCUUGAUACAUGAUAUCCCCGAGGACCGGGAGACAUAACUCAUGUCCACAGUCCGACCAAAUCUUCUCUGGUUCCAAGCUUGAGAAGACGUCUAUGCACUUCACGCGCCGUCGCCGAAGUCGGAAUCACCAUAGAUCUAAAGAAAGGAAAACUAGAUCUGGCUCCUCCGAAACCCUAAAAGCCGACUUCCUCCUUCGCCAGCUUCCCAAGGCCUCACCGCUUCUCCAAAGCACGCCUGAACUGACCCCGUUGAUGCUCGAGCCAAGCUGUCGGAGAGGUUCCAUCAACCGCCGAGAAACAAGUAUAUCAGCAAAGGUUGGACAGGAAAGAA